UCAAUUUCUUUGGCCUUUUUAAGUCUCUCUAUAUAUAUCGGGUUUCCAUUUGUCGUGGUACUUGUACAAGCCCACCCACCCCACUUCGAAAAAGGCUUAUCCUUGGGUGAUUGCAGCGAGAAUAGUUAUGGAUAGGAAAAUAGUGAAAUCAAGAUUCAAGAGCGUAUGUGUGUUUUGUGGCAGUAGUACUGGGAAGAGAGAUUGUUACAGAGAUGCUGCCAUUGAACUUGCCCAAGAGCUGGUGGAAAGAAGAUUGGACCUUGUGUAUGGAGGUGGUAGUAUUGGGCUUAUGGGUUUAGUUUCACAAGCUGUUCAUCAGGGUGGAGGCAAUGUUCUUGGGAUCAUACCAAGGACUCUGAUGAGCAAAGAGGUGCAGAGUCUCAUUAGUGAUUUUCUUUGUUCUAAUCACAGUUACUUUUUCCAAUUCGUUAUUUCUAAAGCUCGUUAUGUGUUUACAUAUGGUUUGGAGACCCAGAUCACUGGAGAAACGGUUGGAGAGGUAAAGCCAGUAGCCGACAUGCACCAAAGGAAAGCAGAAAUGGCCCGCCAUUCUGAUUGUUUUAUAGCCCUACCAGGUGGGUAUGGAACUUUAGAGGAGUUGUUGGAAGUUAUCACAUGGGCUCAGCUUGGUAUCCAUGACAGGCCUGUGGGUUUACUUAAUGUUGACGGUUACUACAACUAUCUUCUGACUUUCAUUGACAAGGCUGUAGAUGAUGGGUUCAUCAAGCCCUCCCAACGAAACAUCUUUGUCUCCGCACCAAAUGCCAAAGAACUUCUUCAAAAGCUGGAGGAGUAUGUGCCUGUGCGUGAAGGAGUCAUAGCCAAGGCAAGGUGGGAGGUUGAGCUUCAGCAACCACAGGUGGGGUUCAAUGCUACAACUUUGCAGUCUGAGGUCGCUCUUUGAAAAAGAGACGUGAAGAAAAAGGAAGAGAGAAAGAAAGCAGUCUAAAAAAGUUAGGGGAAAAGGUGUUCUUGGCUUAUUUGCUUUUUAGCCGAUGAUUUUUUGGGUUAGGUACCACAAUGGCUAUUAAAAAGAGAAACAGUAGAAAAAAAAAAAAAAAAAGCAUUUGUCUUUUUUGUAUGUU